GGAGGUGAUGUCAUGCUUUAAAGAGCAGAAGUGGUGCUGAUGCUGCGCAGAUCACACAGCAGCAGCAGCAGCUCAGAGAGGAGAGAGCAUCCUGCAGGUCCUCCCCUACCCCCCGAAUACAGGCUGAGUACAGACCCCCUCAGAGGAACGAUGACUCUCACAGCGUACAGAGAGAAGAUGAAGGAGCUUCCCCUGGUGUCCCUCCUCUGCUCCUGCGUCCUACCACAGCCUACAGAGAAGCCCAGCAAGAAAUCCCACCAAGGUGUGGUGGAUCUGAACCUGUGCCUUAUCAAAGACAUGGAGGUGAUCGAGCUGAACAAGCGCUCCUCGGGUCAGGCCUUCGAGGUCAUCCUGAGACCGCCGUCGUUCGACGGGCAGAGGGAGUUCAAUCCCCCCAUGCCCCCCCGCAGAGACCCCUCGCUGGAGGAGAUCCAGAAGAAACUGGACGCUGCUGAGGAGAGACGAAAGUGUCAGGAAGCAGAACUCCUGAAGCACUUGGCCGAGAAGAGGGAGCACGAGCGCGAGGUGGCUCAGAAAGCGCUGGACGAGCAAAACAACUUCAUCAAGACGGCCAAAGAGAAACUGGAACAGAAAAUGGAGACCAACAAGGAGAACAGGAAAGCUCACAUCGCCGCCAUGCUGGGACGUCUGCAGGAGAAGGAGAAGCAUGCCGAGGAGGUUCCUUGAGGAGCCCCAUCAUGGUGCGUGCUGAACGUUCCUGACCUUCUCAGCACACCUCUGGAUCUGAGGUGAUGAAGCUUGUUUAGUGCUGGACUCUUGAUAAUCCUGAUCUUCAUUCCGGUGCUUCAGAACCGCCGCGAGAAACGUUACGGACUGAGACUGAAGCAUCGCUGACCUGUUCAGAGGAGCCAACAGUGCCAAACCUGUGUGUGUGUGUGUGUGUGUGUGUUAUCAUUAAAGCCAGAGCUCCGGCGCUGGUGUGUGGAACAGCGCCUCCAUGAUCAGCUGGUUUCUGAUGUGGCUUUUCAAUCUGCUGUACAGAAAUUAUUAUUAAUAUUAUUAAUCUAUUUUAGAAGUGAAGAGCAUUAAAGAGCGACCGUGUGCUUCAA